UGUUAGCUUGGCUGGAAGACUGGCAAAUUCGUCCUUCCUCGGUGUAGAUACCCGGGCUGAAAAAUUGGUUCCGAACCCAACGGAACCCGGCGCUGGGCGACGCCGUGUCACGUGGCCGGCGGCCCCCAUGACGUGGGGGUUGUGGGGCGUCAUCACGACGUUCGGGCGACCUGCCGAGUGGCCAGGCCACCUCCGCCGCCUGUGUGGUCGCGGUGCUGCCAUGGACUUGGGACCCAUGCGCAAGAGUUACCGCGGGGACCAAGAGGCAUUUGAGGAAACUCAUCUGACCUCUCUGGACCCAAUGAAGCAGUUUGCUGCCUGGUUUGAGGAGGCUGUUCAAUGUCCUGACAUAGGGGAAGCCAAUGCCAUGUGUCUGGCUACCUGUACCAGGGAUGGAAAACCAUCUGCCCGCAUGUUGCUGCUGAAGGGUUUUGGCAAAGAUGGCUUCCGCUUCUUUACUAACUUCGAGAGUCGAAAAGGAAAAGAGCUGGACUCUAAUCCCUUUGCUUCCCUUGUCUUCUACUGGGAGCCCCUUAACCGUCAGGUGCGUGUGGAAGGCCCCGUGAAGAAGCUGCCCGAGGAGGAAGCUGCAUGCUACUUCCAUUCUCGCCCCAAGAGCAGCCAGAUUGGGGCUGUGGUCAGCCACCAGAGUUCUGUGAUCCCUGAUCGGGAGUAUCUGAGACAGAAAAACGAGGAACUAGAGCAGCUCUACCAAAACCAAGAAGUACCUAAGCCAAAAUACUGGGGUGGCUACAUCCUGUACCCACAGGUGAUGGAAUUCUGGCAAGGCCAAACCAACCGCCUGCAUGACCGCAUUGUCUUUCGGCGGGGCCUCUCGAUAGGAGAUUCCCCUUUGGGGCCAAUGACCCACUGUGGGGAGGAAGACUGGCUCUAUGAGAGACUUGCACCUUGAAUCUGGAUCUGCCAGGUGCUGGGGCCAGGUGCUGAGAGGGCGUGAGAUUGGGAGCCAGGCCCUUCUAAGCUCAAUCCAUUUACCUCCUCACCCCUAUAGUUAAGACUCUGCAGUGUACAUCCUCCAAGGUGUCUGUACUUAGUUGGCUCUCAGCUGUUCAAAUGGAGUGUAACAGUGUCACAGAGAAUCACAAAUGGGAAAUAAUCUCAUAAUUAUUUUCUUAACAUUGUAUGUGAUUUAUUGGAAUAGCUCCCUCUAGGGAUAGCAGCUGGUGUAACUUUCUGGUGUUACUGGCAUCCCCAGCUGUUACCAUGUCAGCCAUGCUGGCCAAAGCUGAUUGGUUCCUUUGUAGCUACCUGAGGCCAUCUAGCCAAUCAGAUUGUCUUAUUGAUAAUUUGAAAUUUGGCCAGUGGAUGGUUCACACUUAUAAACCCAGCAUUUUUAGAGGCUCAGGCAGGAGGAUCACUGUAGUGUAGGAGUUCAAGACCAGCCUAGGAAGCAUAGCAAGACCCUGUCUCAAAAAAAAAAAUUGGAAUUUGAAAUGCAGAGAUCCAAAUCCUUAUGAGUCAUUAUAGCCAAGUCAUUAAUGGCAACCAAGAAGCAACAGCCUCUGACUGCUGCUGUUGUAAUUCCCUGAACCACCUUGAUUCCCUCCUUCCCAAGUCUGUGUUGUGUAGUCCUCUUCCUGCUUCAAAACACACCGCCAUAUCUCUGUAAACUUUAUUUUUUUAAUUAAACUAGCUGAAAUUGAUUUCUGUUGUUUGCAACUAAAAGAACUUUAACUCACUUACUGAUAGGAUGUUUUUAUAGCGCUUCCCAUAAUUGCUGCCUUCCAUUGUUUGAAGCACAGCAUUAUGGAAAAGAGAUUAAAUUUAUUCUCUGUAGCUUUAUGGGAUCCAUAGGUGGAAGUUGCAGGGAGUAGUUUUUCAUCUCAAAAUGGGAAGAGAUUUCAAACAAUCAGACCUGCUUAAGAGGGAAUGUUCUGUCACUAGAAGUUUUCAAUCCAGUCAGCCAGGAAUUUUGUAGAAGGGAUUUAUAUGCUGGUAUCAACAGGCCAGGAGGGUUUUAAUCAAGCUUUGCUGUCUAUGUUUGUUUAUGGAAACACACACAUUUCAUUUUCCAAAUAUAAAAUUAAAUUAUUAUAGGGAUUAUGCUCUUCAGACUACUCACAUAUCCCCUUCCCCUAUUCCCCACCACCACUAAUGAUUUCUAGAUAACUGGUUGUCACCACAUUGGAAUUAUCUGGGGAGUUUUAAAAAUCCUGGUGCUGGGGUCCCACCCGCAGAGAUGACACAUGCAGCCUGGGCACUGGGAAUUUUCCAGUUCCCCAGGGAAUUGUGCAGCCAAGGUCAAGACCUGGUCUAGAUCCUUGCUAUUCACAGUGUGAGCUACAGGCCAGUAGCGUCAGUGUUACUUGGGAGCCUGUUAGAGACACAGACCUUUGGGCUCACUGGGACCCACUAAAUCUGAUUUCUGCGUUUUAACAAGAUCCCCCAGGUGACUAGAAAUAUAGCCUUAACCUCUCCCAGGGGUCCUCAAACUGCGGCCCACGGGCCACAUGAGGCAGUAUGAUUGUAUUUGUUCCCGUUUUGUUUUUUUUUACUUCAAAAUAAGAUAUGUGCAGUGUGCAUAGGAAUUUUUCAUAGUUUUUUUUUUUUUAAACUAUAGUCCGGCCUUCCAACGGUCUGAGGGACAGUGAACUGGCCCCCUGUUUAAAAAGUUUGAGGAUGCCUAUAACCCACCUUCACAGACUAUGAUCCUUUAAUGAGGAUCAGUUGGCUGAGUGUUAUGCUGGAUUGUAUUUGCUUUCCUUGAGUUCAAACCUGCUGACCAGGGACAGCCUGGAUAAGCAAGUGGCCUACCAGCCACAGAGAGGAGCAAGGCUGGGCGAAUGUUUGCUAUGACUAAGCCAGAGUCACAGAAUGACUAUUAUUUGCACUGGUUGGUAUUGAACUUGCAACUCUUGAAAACUGCUUCCUUUAACUGUAUGUGUGUGCUUCAGUCACUGUUAUUGGCAGAACUCUUCCAAGGGCAGCCUCCUGUGGAUGUCCCCUGAAGCCUGAGUAUAGGAAGGCCCAUUAAUCUGUGGCCACCUAAAGGAGUGGCUGCUGUCAUAACCUAUCUUGCCCUUUUUGUUGUGCUGUAGACUAUGACUUUUAUGAGUACAUAUACCACACCUGACUUGUGUUAUUAGGGGCUGAGUAUCCUCCCAGCUUUGAGUGUGGUCUCAGCUAUUACCAUUUCAGUCACUUGUGCCAAAUCUGUAAUAAAAACUCAUCAGCCCCCCAUGAUUAUAUCAGUGUACACAGCUAUGAUUUAAUUAAAAAAAAAAAAAA